AUGGUAUCAAACAGCCCGGCAGUCGGCUGUGAAGCAGGCAUUCUGGCGGUGUUGGAAGUCUAUAAGUCAAAGGCAUGGCAAGCAGACGAGCUCGCGCCCAUUAGUGGCACGCCGCGUAAUGGACUUGGAGGCUGGGGUACAACAAUAUUCGACAAUCUCGAUACACUGUGGAUCAUGGGCAUGAAGGAUGAGUUUGAAAAUGCAGCUACAGCCGUCUCGCAGAUGAGCCUCGCGGACACUUCCUCUCCAGAUAUCAAUACCCACGAGGUCAAUGUGCACCACCUUGGCGGUCUAUUGGCAGCAUAUGACCUAAGUUCUGAUCCCAGGUUACUGCAAAAGGCGAUCGAGGUCGGUGAUAUGCUUUAUGCUGCCUUUGAUACCCCCAACCGCAUGCCUAUCAUACAUUGGGAUCUUCACAGAGCCGCGCGCCAAGAGGAGCAAAUCGCCGAAGAAGUAGCAUCAGCCUCAGGACUCGGAUCCUUUGUCCUGGAAUUCACACGCUUAACCCAGAUCACAGGAGACCAGAAGUAUUUCGAUGCAGCGCAGCGCGUGAUGGCGACACUUAGGCAGCAGCAGGACUCUACCAAAUUGGCCGGCAUGUGGCCCGUUGUAUUCAAUGCCCGAACAGAAAAUUUCGAUGGGGACCUCUUCACAAUGGGAGCGGAAGUUGACUGUCUGUAUAAGUCUUUGCCGAAGGCAUAUGCAUUGCUAGGCGGCCAAGAACCCAUGUAUCACAAGAUUUACGAGAAAUUUACACGCACAGCUGCAGGUCACAGCUUAUUUCGACCCAUGAAUGCUGAAGGGAAGGAUGUCCUGGUACCUGGCUCAGUGCGAGUCAUGAUGACCGAGAACGGCAAGUUACGCACGCACCUGGAAUCCCAAGUUCAUACUCGAGCGUGCUCUGCAGGAGGCAUGUUUGCGAUGGGUGCUGCGCUCUUCAAUAUCCCAAUCCAUCAACAGAUUGCCCACAAAUUAGUGGACGGGUGUGUAUGGGCCCACAAAGCUAUGGCUCUGGGUGUGAUGCCUGAAGUGUAUGAAACCAUCCCAUGCGCGUCGCAAAAAAACUGCCUGUGGAAUGAGUGGCAUUGGAAGCAAGAAGUCUACAAAUGGACAAUGAACCAACCAGACCCAAAUCCUAGCUUGGAUGUUGAGAAGUACGUUCGGGAACAUCAUAUCGCCAAGGGAUUUAUUUCCAUCCCCAACACUCGCUAUAAUCUACGACCGGAGACAAUCGAGAGUAUUUUUGUUCUUUACCGAGUCACCGGCCGGGAAGACCUUCUUGAUAUUGCAUGGGAACUGUUCGAGAAAAUCCAGAAUGUCACCAAGACUUCCGAUGCCAACGCAGCUCUCGCAGAUGUCACCACGAAUGGUGAACCAGUUCACAAUGACUCUAUGAAGAGCUAUUGGAUGGCUCAUACCCUCAAGUACUUCUACCUCAUCUUCGGUCCACCCGACGAGUUGAGCUUAGACGAGUACGUAUUCAACUCUGGUGGACAUCCACUAAAGAUCCCCGAACGUACGGAGGCAGGCUUAGAAUUCUAG